CAACGCUCCCUUUAUGCGCGCGCUGGAGGCGGAGGCUGAUGAGGGGUGGGGUGGACCGGAGGAUCCGGUUUCGCCGGGAAAGAAACACAGAGUGGUUCACCGCUUCUCCGCUCACUCUACGCCGCAUGCUGAUCCAGCACACGGCGCGCUGCUCUGGAGGACUGUCUGACCACUGAAACACGCGCUGCAUCUCUUCUUCUCCCGGAUGAUGAUAUCUGUCUGGAUCCGAAGCAACAAAUGAUGAAACAUGAAGAGAACUUAUAGAGACCACCUAAAAAGCUCUUUUGGAAACAACUCCUUGGUCUUUUCAAUAACAUUGGACCGUUACACAAAGUUAAAAGGAACGAAUGACAAAUGAACAGCCUCCAAACUCCCCUUUAUGGACCGCUGCCAUGGACGUCUAAUGGCUAAACCUUCCAUGAAUGGUUUUCUCUUUUGAGUCACUGGGAGCUCUGUAAAAUGGAGGAUCCAUUCCAGACAUUUUCUCAAGGGUCUGUCACGCUACCUCUGAGAAGAAUGAGCAAUUUUCACCAGAUGGAGAUACGCGCAUGUUGCUACUGAACUGGCCCAAUGGUUCAUUUGUCUGGACGGAGAGCUAGAAGAGGAGGAAGUGGCCGUAACUUGACCCAUGACAAAGUAUGUGGAUGAAGAGCCAGGCUGGAGUUUAAAGAGCCGGGGAAAUGCGAAUCGACAGUAAAGUUUCGAACAAAACUCGCUUUGUGGUGUGCACCUGGGAAAUAUGAGACUUUAGUCGACAGACACAACACAAACAGUUCAUCUUCUUUUUAAUCAAAGACGUACACUGGUGACUUCAGCCGUGGGUGGCCUGAUAUUUGACCUUGUUUUGAUGGUACAAAGAGAUGCCUCUACUUUACUGAACUGCGUCUUCCUACCUGUCUUGUUGUUGAGGUUGCCAGUUGUGAUGCUGCGCAGGGGUCUGCUGGCCUGGCUCUCGCGUCUGGGUGUUUUGUUAGUGGUGGUUUGCUGUUGUCUUUCCCUCCUUUAUGUCAUCACUUGCAGCCCCCAUGCUGAUGAUCCCAUGGCCGGGCAACCCCUGCCCAGGGCUGGAGGUAUGGCUUUGGCAGGAGGUCCAAGCAGGCCAGGUGGGGUGGGAGGUGCCCCUGUUGGCCCUGCAGGACGGGAAGGGUUCCAGGCUCUGCUACAAGAGCGAGAAGAGCAGCAUAGGCAGCAUAUUGCCAGCUUGAAGAAACAAAUAGCUCAGCUCAAAGAAGCUCUCCAGGAAAGGAGCGAACAGCUUAAGGGCAUGCAGGACUCUUUGGAGAAGUCGACUGGGAAGGGCAUGGGGGGAGACGUGGCUGAAGACCGCAGUCAUAGUGACCUGCAACAGUUUCUACGCAGCCAGCUGAGCCGGGCAGAGGUGCACACUGGUGUGCGACUUCCCAGUGAGUACGCAGUGGUGCCUUUUGAGAGCUUCACCUUACAGCGCGUCUACCAGCUGGAAAUGGGGCUGACUCGUCAUCCCGAGGAGAAGCCGGUGAGGAAGGACCGCAGGGACGAGCUGGGAGAGGUGGUGGAGAGCGCACUGCAUGCCCUCAAUGCACCAAACCAUGGUAGAGAAAAAACAAAAGCCAGUAAAGUCUACACGCCAUCAGACUUUAUAGAAGGGCUUGCGCGCACUGAGAAGGACAAGGGCUCUCUCUAUGAGUUGACCUUUCGUGGUGAACACAAACAUGAGCUCCGCAGGCUGGUUCUGUUUAGACCCUUCGGCCCCCUUAUGAAGGUAAAGAGCGAGUUGGUGGAGACGAGCCACAUGCCCAUUAACAUUGUGCUGCCGCUGUCCCAAAGGGCCGACAAAUUCAGACAGUUCAUGCACAACUUCAGAGAGGUGUGUGUGAAGCAAGAUGGACGAGUGCACCUUACCGUGGUUUACUUUGGAAAGGACCAGAUGAAUGAGGUCAAAGGAACCUUAGAGAACACAUCGAGAGAGCUAAACUUCCGAAACUUCACCCUGAUCCAGCUGAAUGAGGAGUUUUCUCGGGGUCGCGGCCUGGAUGUUGGAGCUCGAGCCUGGAAGGGUGGAAAUGUUCUGCUCUUCUUCUGUGAUGUGGACAUCAUCUUCACCGCUGACUUUCUGAACACGUGCCGUCUGAAUGCUCAGCCUGGAAAGAAAGUGUUUUACCCAGUCCUCUUCAGUCAGUAUAACCCGGCUGUGAUUUACGGCAGUCACGAUCACGUCCCACCUGUGGACCAGCAGCUGAUCAUUAAGAAAGACACAGGCUUUUGGAGGGACUUUGGCUUUGGAAUGACCUGCCAAUACAGAUCUGAUUUCAUCAAUAUAGGUGGUUUUGAUGUGGACAUUAAAGGCUGGGGCGGUGAGGAUGUGCACCUCUACAGAAAGUAUCUUCACAGUAAUCUGCUGGUGGUUCGGGCCCCGUCCCGCGGCCUCUUCCACCUGUGGCAUGAGAAGCGCUGCGCUGAUGAACUGCCUCCGGAUCAGUACAAGAUGUGCAUGCAGUCCAAAGCCAUGAACGAGGCCUCGCACGGCCAGCUGGGGAUGUUGCUCUUCCGGCACGAAAUUGAGGCGCACCUCCGGAAACAGAAACAGCGAAGCGGAGCCAAAAAAGCUUGAUGGACGCUACCACUUCUGGAAAUGUAGCACCCUUGAAUCAAGUGUUCUGUCCUCAUUAACUUGCACUUUUGUGUUUGAUGUUCUGUAGAAGUGAAUGUUCUGGCUGUUCUUUUCCAUUGUUACUAGAUUAAGUAGCGAGUAAAGAUUCAGAAAGAACGCAAAAUGGCAUAAAAUCAUCAUAAAAGUGUUUCAUAUAAAUUUGUAAAUUGUUAAUCAGAAAAACUGUUUUUUUAUUAGUAUAAUAUUAAUUUGUUACAUUAAUUAUAUCUCUUUUCAUAUUAAUAAUUUCAAUUAGUGAAAUCUCAAAGUUUGAGUUUGUAUCCCAAAAGAAUUUAUUUACAAUUUUUGCUGCUUUUAUGAUGUUUUUAUUUUACUUUUGCUACAUUUUGGAAUUCAAAAUCGUACUGAAAUCUCGUGGAAAAGAGCAACAUACGUAUUCUUCAAAAUUUCUUCUUUUGUGUUCUACAGAAAAAUGAAAGUAUUUUGGUUUGAAACAACAGAGCAAACAGAUGUCGACAGAAAAAAAAAAAAGAUUUUCCUUAGGCAUAAAAGAGGAAGAAAAGGAAUUUUACAGAUUUGCCUUCAAUGAAGAGCUGGUUUUAAAUCUGACGCACACACACAUAUGCUAAGCCAAACCCUGAGAUAACCAACAGACACCACAGGAGAAAAGCAGGAGACAGACAUUCCCUAAAGACAAGAUAGUGAAGCGUGGGUGAACACAGAGGACAUUCAAGUCUCUUUAGAGUGUUACAAAAAGAUCUACAGUAGUAUUAUCCAGAUGCAUCACAUCAUGAGUCUGUAAUGCACUCAAAUGAGCAGUGGGUUACAAUGAUGGAAAAUCAUUGUGUAGCUAUAGCCUACUACAAAUUACAUUUUGAGUUUUUUUUAAGAAUGGAAGAAAACGCCUUAUAAUGUAAGUACAUACGUUGUGACUUGUGAAUCAUUGAUUAAGAGCCUUAAUGCAUGUAUUUAGACAGUUUAUAUGACGAGUGGUUCAACGAACUGCGAUUUAUUUUUAAUGCUGCCGUUAGUUUCUUAAUGGUGUGUCGCCAUCUUGUGGUGUCGAUUGUUAAAACUAAACCCGACAGUUUUAAACUUCGUUUUAUACUCGAAUGUAAAUUUAUAGUUCUUUUUAUGAUUGGAAAUCAAAUCCUAAAUGUGAGUUGUGAUAACAACAGCCCUUUAUUUAAUUGAUGUUGUACAACUGACUACUUUUGCCCUCGAAGAGUAGACCAGAAAAAUAACAGUAGAAGAGCUAGUUUACUUCAAAAAUAUGAAAAUCUGCUGUCAUCCCCAGGCUAUCAAAGAUGUAUCCAAUCAAGAUUAUUUUGCUGAAACUCUGGUGCUUAUUAUUCAAAUACAACUCAAUAUUGGCUGUCAUUUUGAGAGUCUUACAUACAGGUAGCCUAAAUAAAGUAGGCUAAUCUGUGCAGGCUUUGGUUUUAUAAAGUGAAACAGUUAGAGACUAUUUACAAGAGCUAAUUUUCAUGUUUUGAUGAAUACCUUAAAAUGACACUUGCUGAACCUUUAGAUUUACUAAUUAAAUCGUGCAGAACACAGGUCUGACAGACAGGUUAAGAGCUGGAGAUAAUUUAAAAAUAUUUAUUGGGAACUUUUUCAUCUCCAAAGCUUGCUCUUUUAUGUCUGCUUUCUUUUUUAUUUGUUAUUUGGGGAGAAUUCACUUUGGUAUAUUGUAAAUAUAAAAAAUAUAUAUUUGGAUUUUUUCCCUUAAGUAAAAUAAACCAAAUAAAAAGCGUCACUGAUUUUCUUCUUUACACAAUCAUUUGAAUGAAAAUGUUGUCCAGACUUCACCUCUAGAUGGCAGCACUGCAUCGUUAUAACUUUAGGCACUUUUUUAUUAUUAUUCAUGAAUGUAAAUAUACAGCCACAAUCAUGAGAUAAAUAUGAGAGAUACAACAAGAAGGAAAAUACAGGCGACAUUAACUGUAGAAAGAGAAACGACUAACAAAACAAAAUAAAAAUAAUAAAAAUAAAUAUGAAAAUAAAAAAUAUGAAAAUAAAAAAUUGAGAGCAUUGCAGAAACGCUAUCUAAAUCAAAUCAAUCGAGUCAAUAGACAACAGUUCUUCAUCUGGUACCAAAAAUCUGACACAUUUUAACUUUAGGCACUCUGGCAGCGUUAUGAGCUCAUUAUUUGGUGUUUUCUGCACUUUUUUAAAAACAUUGCACCACUAAUAUUGUUGCACCAAUUAGCACCAAUUAGUGCCAUUUUGUCUUUGUUUAAAAAUAAAGAAACAUCACUACAUGGUU